CAAAAAGCACUCACUGAAAAAGACUAUAAUCGCAUAUUAAAUUUUGUUGUUUUGAUUCCUCCGGAACAUCGACCAGAUUAACUUUGCGUCGAUUUCAUUCAACUGCAUUUGUUACAUCGGCAUGUCUUUUGAACCAUGCACCGAACCCAUGCUGGCCACAGGAGGAUACGAUCACACAAUCAAGCUAUGGCAACCGUAUUCUGGAUUUUGUUAUCGCACCCUUCAGCAUGCAGAUUCGCAAGUAAACGCUCUGGACAUCAAUCCUAAUGGGACGAUCUUGGCUGCUGGUGGUUACCAGCAUAUUCGUUUGUAUGAUAUGAAUUUCAGCUACCCGGUGGUCAAUUUUGAAUGUGUGCUUAAGAACGUAACCCGUGUCGGGUUUCAAGAGGAUGGCAAGUGGAUGUUCACCGGUGGAGAGGACUGCCGCGUUCGUAUUUGGGACAUGAGCUCGCAGAGCCCCGCUUGUAAGCGGAUGUUUGACUGCUUGACCCCGGUCAAUGCCGUCUGUCUUCAUCCAAACCAGGUUGAACUGGCCAUCGGCAGCCAAGGUGGCAGUGUUUACCUGUGGGAUGUGAAAUCUGACGUCCACGAACAGUUGAUUCCGGAAGUUGAAUCAUCCAUUCAAGAUAUCGCAAUCAGCCCGAACGGAGCGUAUAUGGCCGCGGUCAAUAAUAAGGGAAACUGUUACAUUUGGAGUUUGUCCAAUAGCGCCAACAGCGAAACACAGCUGACUCAGACCGAUCCAAAGCUUCGGAUAGAGGCACACAAAAAGUAUGCCCUUCGAUGUCGAUUUAGUCCCGAUUCAAAUUUACUGGUGACUUGCUCCGGUGACGGGACAGCUAAGAUAUAUCGAACAGACACGUUCCAGCUGCACGCGGAAUUGAAGGUAGAGAAAUGUUGGAUGUGGGACGCGGUGUUCAGUAACGAUUCCAAGUAUCUGUUUACUGCCUCAUCGGAUGGACGAGCGCGGUUAUGGAAGAUUGAGACGAAAUCGGUCGAAAGGGAAUACCACGCUCAUUUAAAGGCGAUCACUGCUCUGGCCUUCAGAGAUGGAACGGCCAAAGGGUAAAGUGUAUAAUAGAAAUAAAAAGUCGAUUCAAACCACCUAACGCUUUUACAAAUGUUUGUAUGUUUAUGCCAUCUUGAGAGUAAAGUUCGAA